CUAUCUUUUCACGAAAAUACCAGCUCUAACCGUCACGUAUAUUGACUUCGAUAGCUAGCCAGUGAGCUAACAUGUGAAAGGUUGUGUUUAUUGGACUGGCAGGUAUGUUUCAUACAUGACAAAAAAAACAAAUAAUCUUGAAAUUCUCGAAAGGAAAGGUGUAGAAUAUAUUAACGUUGUUUAAAUUAGCUGUUUACAUUUGCGGCUUUUGCAAACGGGUUAACGUUAAAGCUAAAGUUUAGCAUGUCCUCUGUCAACCCAUGUGAGCACUACAAGACCCAGUAGAUAUCAGCAGGACAUACAGCAGAAUAAGUACAAAAUGUCUGCGUGUAAAAGGUUGCUAUACUUUGUGAAGCACAGAAGCUUGUGGACACAUGUUCGGAGAAAUGUCACAACAUGGUCACCUGUUGGAGCUGCUUUCAAUGCCAAACCUGUCAGGAGACCGGACCUCUUCGAGAAAAGCGUGGGUUUGUUUGGUGUGCCAGAGCUGAGCUGUCCUGCAGGCUUCCAGGCAGCCACAAAGGCAGCUCUCAAAAACACUGAGCUCCUGGUGCAAAGAGCUUGUUCUUGUCCUUCAGGGGUUGAGACUGUUGAGUCUUUUGACCAGCUCUCAGAUGGUUUGUGUAAAGUGGCUGAUCUGGCAGAUUUUGUAAAAGUAGCUCAUCCAGAUCCAGCGUUCCGCGAGGCUGCCGAGAAGACCUGUAUAGAGAUUGGCACAGUUGUGGAGAAGCUGAAUACUAAUGUUGAGUUAUGCAAGAGCCUAAAAAAUUUGUUGGGCAACCCAGAUAUUGUGGCUCAGCUGGACCCUGACACAAGACGAGUAGCAGAGUUGUUCAUGUUCGACUUUGAAAUCAGUGGAAUUCAUCUGGAUGACAAACUGAGGAAAGAGGCAGUUGCCCUGCAUGUGAAUCUGUUGGAUCUAAACAAUGAGUUUUUGGUCAGUUCCCACAUGCCCAACAGAAUUGCAAGGUCUGCAAUUCCUGAACAUCUCCACCUGCACUUUGCAAAUGAAGGAAGCUUCAUUCAAGUUGGGGGAUUGCAUGCAGACUCCCCUGAUGACUUGGUGCGAGAGAUUGCCUACAGGAUUUAUCUCUAUCCCAAUGCAGAUCUGAUGGGGUGUCUGGAAGAGCUGCUGAAAUGCAGAUACAAACUGGCCAAACUGGUGGGCUACGAGUCCUAUGGUCACAGAGCCCUAAAGGGAACAAUGGCCAAAACACCAGAGACGGUGAUGAGCUUUCUUCAGUUGUUAACAGACAAGCUGUCAGACAGAACAGCGAAAGACUUCAAGAUGAUGAGGGACAUGAAGAAGAAACUCAACCCUCGUAAUUCUGAGCUCAUGCCCUGGGAUCAUCCGUUCCUCAGUGGUGUCUUGCGUGCUGAAAGGUACAACAUAGAGCCCAGUCUGUACAGUCCCUACCUGUCUCUGGGUGCCUGUAUGGAGGGUUUGAACAACCUCUUCUCUCAGCUGUAUGGUGUCUCCCUCAUGUCUGAACAUCCCAGCGCUGGUGAGGUGUGGAGCGAGGAUGUCCGCAAACUGGCUGUCGUACAUGAAACAGAGGGAUUACUGGGAUAUAUCUACUGUGACUUUUUCCACCGGUCAGAUAAACCUCAUCAGGACUGUCACUUCACUAUCCGCGGUGGCCGUUGGUGCCAGGAAACAGGUCAGUACCAGCUGCCAGUUGUGGUGCUGAUGCUGAGUCUGCCCCACCCCACCAAGAGCGCCCCCACCCUGCUCACUCCAGGCAUGAUGGAGAACCUCUUCCAUGAGAUGGGACACGCCAUGCACUCCAUGCUGGGACGCACUCGCUACCAGCAUGUCACAGGAACCAGAUGUGCAACCGACUUUGCUGAAGUCCCCUCCAUCCUCAUGGAGUACUUUGCAACUGACUAUCGAGUCAUCAGUCAGUUUGCACGCCAUUAUGAAACUGGACAGCCUCUGCCUGAGAGUAUGGUGGCUCGGCUAUGUGAGUCGAAGAAAGUGUGCGGAGCUGCAGACACCCAGCUGCAGAUUUUCUAUGCAGUCUUGGACCAGAUCUACCACAGCAAACCUCAGAACCGCUCCACCACAGAAAUUCUGAAGGAGAUGCAGCAGAAAUUCUACGGCUUGCCUUAUACCCCCAAUACGGCAUGGCAGCUGAGAUUCAGCCACCUGAUUGGCUAUGGGGCCAAGUAUUACUCCUACCUCAUGUCCCGGGCCGUGGCCUCAAUGGUGUGGAGACAGUGCUUCGUUCAGGAUCCUUUAAACAGAGACAUGGGUGAACGUUACCGUCGGGAGAUGCUGGCCCAUGGAGGAGCCAAGGAGCCCAUGCUGAUGGUGGAAGGGAUGCUACAGAGACGACCCACAAUUGAGGACUUUGUGGACGCGCUGGUGUCUGAGCUCAACCCUAACUUUGAGACCUUCAUCAUGGACUCUGAAAGCUGAAAGAUGAUGUGUCUCUGGUGGCGUGGACAUGGACUUGAAUCUUUGCUGCUGAGCCAAGAGGUGAAAGCAAUGGCAGCAAAGUGCACACUCAUUCUUACUAAGCUUCUUUACUUUGUCUGUAAAUGAAUUGUUUGCAUUACACGUAUUGUUGAUCUCUCUUAAAGUCACAUUGACUUACUUGAUAUUUUUUGCCAAUUCUGCUGUCAAGAAAAGGUAAAAUGAUAAGACUUAAAAACUUGAUGCCAACUCUGAAAACUCCUGGUAAUCUCUAAUUAUACAGUUCUGCCCCAUUCACAGGCACAAUAAUGACAUUUCAACAUAUGUUACAGUAACUUGUGCUAGGGCCUGUUCAUUCAUCAUACAAUUUUGAGUUUGUACAUAUGUUUUUCGACAUUUUCUCACCACUGAACUUUGUUAAAAAUGAACAGAAAAUGUAAUGUAAUAUAUCCCUAUAAAUUUCUAUGAGUUGAUAUGUUUUGUGGUUUUCAUCAUUUAAUUUGCCUUUAUUUUCAUUAAUCUAUUAGUUCCACAGCUAAUAUCCCAUAAUAUAAUAUCCCUUUUCAGCUCACACACUAGCAGAACAUUGUUUUUUCCUGAUCAAAUCAGCGUGAGGAAGAAUACCUAAUCUGCUCUUCCUGUCAUGUGGUCAUUGUUUAGACUUUAAAUUAAUACCGCUCCAUCUGUUUUGUCUGUCAGGAGUUUCUGACGGGGGAGGAGGAGUCCAGCAUUUUGUGUUAUGAAUUUUCAGUUGUAAAUGGGAAAGUUUUGGCCAGUUCUGAUUUGGAUUGUCUUGCUCAGUGUAGAAAUAUCAGUCAGUUGAUUUAUUAUGGAAAGUUCAUAUUUCGUUCUUUUUCUUCAUACUGUGUUAAAGCUGCUCAAACAUAACUUUAAAACAGAGCCUCUUGUAGUUUGGUUUCUAAAGGUUUCUUCACAUUUCCACAGAUGCCCCAGAACAUGCAGCCUGCUCGACAGAGCGGCUGUUUGCAUCUGUUUCAGUACAUUCAGACAGUAAUUAUCAGCUGAGCUGGGACUGCAGCUGCUCCCCGAGACAAUGUCCUUGCUUGCCCUUGCUCGGAUCUGAGACCCAAGGCAGGGAGCGCGGAGCAGUUUCACAUGGUUAUUGAAGGUGUGAACACACUGUCACUGAACGAGCUGGGUGACUUUAACCACACAGAGGCUGCAACAUCGCAGUUUGUCUAAUUGUCUGGAUAUGAGGCUGCACUUUAGUUGAAACAACCUAAAUGUUAGUAAAGGGAUUCAUUAUACUUAAAGGGGCACUCCAAUAAUUUGACACGUCAGUUAACUUCUACUCAGCCUGUGAAAACUGUUGUAUAAUGUCUUCUGUGGCUUUGCCAGUCUCAUUCUCUUAUUAUUUUCUUUAUUAAUUUUGAUCAUUUUUACAGAAUAAUCAAUUGUUUGCCUAUAAAAUGUAAAAUAAUAUAGGGAAGAAUUCCUGUCACAGUUUGACAUCCACAAAAUGUUUGUUUUGUUUGACCUCCACUCAAUAACUCAGACACUGGUCCAAAUAGUUUACCAAAACAGGUUCUUUUGGAGGUAUAUGCAAAAACUCAGGAUAUGUCAGCCACUGAAGCAUCAAUUGUGAAACUUAUUUUUUAAUCUGUCCUACAUGAGUCCAAUAAAGAGUUGAGAGCAUAUAAUUCCUCAGAAUGUAAACUUGUUCACGUGGUUUAUUUACAAAAAACGAUAUGUGAAAGUGACCGUUCACAUCCAUCAACACUAUAACUGGAGGAAGAAAAGCAAACAUAUUAUCAGUCAUGUCUAUGUUACAAAAAUAUUGACCUAUUUACUAUUUUACAGUAUCUACAGCAUAUUUAUCACUUAAACAUUCCUCGUCUUAACUUGUUCCGUGUUAUCAAGAUUGUCUUCAAUGUGCAACAUAAUCACUUUUGACACUUUUCUUCACACCUCAAAUUUUACACACAAAAGCUUCAUAACACCAGCUGCUAGAUCAGUGGUACAGUUUAUGUCCACCUACAUGUGAAGAUGUGAGACAUUCUCAAGGCAGAGCAGAGGCUCACUUUGAUUCACUUUGCUCCACGAUAAUAAGUCAAUGCUCCUCGACGUUUGAACUUCAUUCAAUUUCACCUUCUGGGCCAGUGAGUUCACAUUAUGUGUUUGUGUGUCUGUCUGUGUCUCUGUGUGUCUCUGUGUCUCUGUGUCUGUGUGUAUGUGUGUGUGUGUAUCUCUCUAUGCCUUUGCUCUUGCACUUUGCAUUUCCUCAGCAGUGCUUUUGUUUGAUUGUAUGUACAUAUUCCGUUUGGAUGCUUUGACGAGGGGCUCUGAGGUCAGCGGCAGGCAUUUCAAAAUGUGUGUGUGUGUGUGUGUGUGUGCGUGUGUGUGUGUGGGCGGG